GAAGUGACUUGCAGUGGGACCGAACUCAAAACUGCGUGGUUGGAAAGCAAAAUUCUUACCACGCCUACGCCUAUUUAUCGUAACAGCUACUACUACUACUACUCGUUCAUUUCCCAUACCGGCAAGCUCUGAGCCAUGUACAUCUCACCUACAACCACGACUACACCUCUGUAUCUCCGCUUGAUGUAUUUACGCAUCCACUAUCACCAACACCAAUAAAUGCACCAGUCGUGACACUAUCGCCAUCGCUACGUCGACCAGCGAGCACCUCACUCUCCAGUUUAAACCACUACAAGAGCAGCACUCAGGCUCUUACAUAAUUACUCACAGCCAUCGUUAAACUCUGGGAUUAAAUGCUCAAUUAGACAGACAACCAUGUUUAAUCGCCAGAAGAAGAUGAUCGGUGCGAGAGAAUCAGGGGCAGCUAACCAAGGACGAGAGACCAUUGUACUGAAAGCUGCCCAGUUAGCUCCAGACCUCAUGAUGAAGCGUUAUUGGAUGUCCAGUAAUUAUCCUUAUAAUCACCUGGCAGAGAAAUUGCCACUUUAUCAUCGAACCCGUUCACAGCGGCAUCUCUAUCAAAGCAACACAUUAUCAUCAGAACACAGCAGUCCGGAACCAUUGUCUGUUGAUGAAGAUGCCAGAUACCCACAGCACACGUGCAGAAACACAUCAUUCUCUCCCAAAACAUCGAACCUACAAAAAAACUACCCAACAUUUUCACCAGGGGACCGAGUUCUAUCCAUGGAGAACCCUAUCUCACCAGGGGUACCAGUGCUCUAUAGAACAGCUGAGGAAAAAUCCAUCAACCCAGAUAGGUUGAAUCUAGACAGGCGCCGAUUCACAGUGUGUCCGAUAUUGGAGGGAGAAGAACCCUUGAGGUUGUUAAACUAUCAACACAACCUAAUCAAGAAAAUCGAACACGUUAAUUACCUGAACAAAUUGAUUUUUCUGGAUUUUUACGACAACCAAAUCGAAGAGAUUGAUGGUCUGUGCUACCUGAAAUCACUGAGGGUAUUGAUGCUGGGUAAAAAUAGAAUAAAAAAGAUACAAAAUCUUGAUUCUUUGCCAAAACUUGAUGUUCUUGAUUUACAUAAUAAUCAGAUUUCUGAGAUUACGAAUCUGAACCAUUUGUCAGAACUACGUGUCUUGAAUUUGGCUGGGAAUUUAUUUAAACAUGUCGAGAACCUGAAUGGUAUGGAUUCCUUAAUGGAACUUAAUCUCAGGCGCAAUCGUAUACAGAGUGUUUUAGACAUCGAUUGUCUCCCUUCCCUUCAGCGCCUCUAUCUCAGCUUCAACGAAAUUUGCAGUUUCAGUGCUAUUAGCUGUCUGUCAGAGUCUAGUUCUUUGUCAGAAGUCUCCCUUGAUGGUAACCCCAUUGCCAUUGAACACAGUUAUCGGCAAAAUGUCCUUUACAACAUGCAACAACUCCGGCUGCUCGACAUGCGACGAGUCUCUGAAGACGAGAGACGAAUGGCAUUGGUUGCGGCACGAAAAGAGGAAGAACGGAAAAGGGAGAUGAGGAAGAUAGCCACAUUGAAGGAAAAGCGCCGAGUUGCCAUUAACAAUGCUAAGAAACAGUGGGAUGUCAUACAAGGAAGUUUGAUGUCCCAUGUUGGUAAAACUGGUAAAAUACCUGAGCUGUAUACUCAACAUGUUGGUUCUUACCCCAACACCAGACGACCAAAUGACACUGGAAUCCCUCAGAAUAAAGAUGCCGCCACAAUAUUCGAUGAUGUUUUUCAUAUAUCGGGAAAACUUGAAAAGUUGCUGAAAUAUCCUGCAGGUAGCCACAGUGCACAAUCAGAUGUACCAAGUACAGCAACAGAUGUAACAAGUACGUCAACAGAUGUACCUAGUACAUCAACAGAUGUACUUAGUACACCUAAUCUGAGUGAUGAACAACAGGAAAGUGAAAUACCAAAGAACUCUGGUUCCAAGACACACAAUGAACAGCUGAAGUCAACAAAACAAACAUUUAUUUUUAGAUCUCCCAGUAAUAUUGAAAAUGAUGAAUGUGAUUUAAACAACCUUGCUGAACUUGAUGACAAUUCUUUAGCCAUGUUUGGAAUCGGUUCUCUGGAAGCUCUUGAUAGGACGUGGGGCCUUCCAACUGCUGGAAAUGUUACUACCGUUCUCUUCAAUUUCAUUGACUUUGAUGAGAUUGUUAAACAUUUACCCAAACUCAAAUCUAGAUUUCCUGGUCUUGUGUGUUUAGUAUUGAAUGCCUGCAACAUUCACAGCCUCACACAACUGAAUGCUUUGGCAACAGUCCGAAGACUUGACCACAUCGUCAUUGAUGAAGUAAACCCAGUCACCAAGUUUUCUUUGUGGCGAUAUUAUUUAUUAUUCCGACUUGCUCAUUUUUCUCUCAAGACAAUCAACAACAAAGAGGUGACAGCAACUGAUAUUGUCCAUGCGGAACAUUUAUUUGGUACUUUCUCACACCUGAUGACCACGUAUCUAACUUCAGCUCAACUCAUCACUUUGGUCAGUGAAACAAAGAAAAAGCAAAUUUUAGCAACUUUAGAAGAGAGAAACAAAAAAGCAACUGAUACUAAAUUUUUUGAUAAAAGUCAAGAGGAAUUAGCUGGGCGUUCUAUAUUGGUUUACCCUGGCUCAUCUCGGCAUCAGAAGUCAAAGAUCUGCAAGAAACUGGCCAAAGAGUACGUGUCUGAAAUUGUAAGGAAUGUGUUACAUGCAGAGAAGAAACGAAGUGAAGUCUCUCGGAUUUGGCCGGAAUUAUUUGAAGAUUUCUUACUGAAUAUACUCUCAGACAUGAAUGAUACAAACACCUAUAUAAAGAAUUGGUUUGAUAAACUAGAAAAAUCAUAAAAUAUAUAUCAUCACUGAA